AGAAAUUGGGCCAGAGACUUGAGAGCGUGGUUAAGCUGGACGAUUGAAGAAUGCGCCCUAACGACAGACAAUUUGACGUGCAGGGAGACCCUUUUGCACAUGCUCAAAAUCUCCCCGGUCGAAAUUUGGGGCGCCGUAACAUGGAUCGUUCGCGGGGACCAUGUAACCCUGCAUGCUGAAUUGGGACUUGAUCCGCUGACAGUCCAUUCAUUGGGAUUUUCCACAAAUAAAAGCGAGUACACAUAGAUGUCUAUGGUUUCUACUUCACGCUUCGACGCACGGCGCACCUUUCCCAGAACAUACACCUGGAGUCGCACAGUCAUGCCUUAAUUACAGGAACCCACCUGCUCCCAAAUGGAGAAACAAAACCGCACAUUCUAAAGGUCGGACAGCUAUGGCAAGCAAAGACAGUGGCUUGCCUCAUCCCCUUCCAGAGCAACAAUUUCUUAGAUCGCUGGAGCCCACUGCUUCCGCUUCUGAAGACGUGGGAGUAGCCGACCCAGUUAUUACCAGCUGCGAGUUGAUUGCGUCUUACAACUGGCUGGACAAUGCUUCGCGGACCAUUGUGGUGCCCGGAGCACCGCCAAAAUGGCUGCCACCGGCCACUCUCCAACGAUUGAGGGAAGAUAGUGGCCAGUACUACCGCGACCCCAACGCCGCUCGAUAUCCACGAUGGCCUCUCGCACCGGCGGUGCAAAGCAUCUACGCCCUAGAUCUAAACUUUCCCAGUCGCGAGAUCGAUAUCUUUUGCUGUGCCAGUAUCUGGGGAAGCCUGCUUGCCUCAGUUCGCGGUGAAGAUAGGACGUUCCGAUUUGGGAUGCACCGGAUUGCAAACACCGUCUUCCUGGUCCGCAAGCCGAAUCAUCCACAAGAGCUUAUCGAGAACGUGCGCGGAUAUGGACAUACUUUUCCCGAAGCUUACACCGUGUGGCCAGCAAUCGUCAAGGGUUCUGCCUCUCACCAGCGCAUCAUCAGAUACCAGUUUGGGGAACUUCAUUGCCUCCUUCGAUUCGAGGGCGACGGCUACUUGGAAGAUCAAGUGCCAGAAGAUGUCAAGAGGUUGCUGAAUAACAAGCCAACGGGUUCAGGUGCAAGCGUAGACGACCAGUUGGGGCGAAUGAACAUGGCGGAAAGGAAGGGUACAGAGCACCUGGAUGACGAUCUCGUAGUGCGUCUGGCUGGAACACCCGUGCCGCAAAGGGCCAUCUUCGACUUGAAGACACGAUCAUCUGGGAGUGCGCAUACUGUGGAGUCCGAGAAUUUCCUGAGUCGCCUAUGGACGAACCAGACUCCCAACUUCAUUCUAGCUCGUCAUCGACGGGGCGUGUUCCACGACAUCGACAUCGACAUCGUGGACGCCCAAGACCGCGUCCAGAGGUGGGAAAGGGAUAAUUGCCAAUCGAUGAGGCUCCUUCACACGCUUCUCAAGACACUCGUGUCCAUAUCGCCAGAGGAAAAAUGGUCGCGGCUGGAAAUUCGGCGAACAGGGCACGGAAACAUGGAACUAUGGUCCGAAACUAACGAGUGGGCUGCCUUGCCGCAAGAGAUGCAGAAAAUGUGGGCCAGAGCGAGAUGAGAAAAGAAGGGACCACAUGUAAAGCUACAGUACAGCACCUCAUCUUUUGCAACGACAAUUUGGGGGUCUGGGUUGUACAGUAGUCCACAGACAAGAACUUUUCGGAAGUGAAAACCUCGCGCCGCAGUUGGCUCCCCA